AUGAGCACAGUACCAUCAGGCCACAUUACAACAUCCACUGACUUGACAGCAGAGCGCCUUAGCCAGAAUGACUCCGCCCUCCUCAUCGUCGAUCACCAAGUCGGUCUGUAUGAGCUAACCCGCGACUGGGACCCUACCAUUUUCAGACAGAACAUGAUCGGACACGCAACGCUUGGGAAACUCUUCGAGCUCCCAGUAGUUAUGACUACCUCCGCAGAGACGGGUCCAAAUGGGCAUCUGCCGAAGGAGAUUCUGGAUUUGUAUCCCGACGUUCAAGUUGUGCAGCGAAAGGGGGAGAUCAAUGCUUGGGAUAGCCCAGAAUUCCGCGCUGCGGUCCGCGCCACUGGCAAGAAGCAACUCAUCAUCGGCGGCAUUGUGACGGAUGUAUGCACGGCUUUUCUUGCACUGUCUCUCCGCUCUGAGGGUUACUCUGUCUUUGCCAACGUCGAAGCCAGCGGCACCACCAGCACACUCGCUCGCGACACGGCAAACCUCCGCAUGCAAGCUGCAGGUGUGCACCUCGUUUCCUUCUUUGCCAUCCUGGCGGACCUCAUGCGAGACUGGAGGAAUCCGCUUCCAGGAGUCGAGAAGAUCGUCCCCAUCAUAAACGACUACAUGCCCGCAUAUGGCUACCUGAUGAGAGGGCAUGCCAGUGCUAUCUUGCAGAACGGAACGGUGCUUCCUGGGUCGGAGAAGUACAUUUAA